CACACGCACACACAUUCGAGCGCUCGCCACACGACGCAUGUUCGUCGGUUGUGCCGGCUGCCGAAUAGUUAUCGUGCGUGUCCGUGCGUGUUAAAAUAAUAUUGAUAUGUUGCUGCAGGGCUCGAUCAUCUCGGCCGAACAUCGUUUAAAAAUAAAUAAUAAUAAUAAUAUAACAAUAAUUAGUAAUAACAAUGCUCGCGUCGAGUGAAGUAUAACGUAAUAUUGAAGUCAUGCAGUAAAGUUUUGUCGUUGUUUUCGACCAAUGUCAUGCCGAUAAUCAUCGUGUAAAAGUGCACACAUAUAAUAAUAGUAUUGUCGUAGUGCCUGAUUAUAAUGUUUACAUGGACCACCCAAUGGACUUUCGACAAUAACAGGCCCUGUACUGCUUGAUUGUUCAGUGUGUCAUACAAACGGUGAUUUCAUCCACUUCCUAAGCAUUUUUUUUUAACUUGAAAUUUUCUCAACAUGCCUACUGAAACGCCAAGCUCGAAAUAUUCACCGGUGGAAUCGCGUGUCGAGGAACGUGCUACUACUGCAGUUCCCAAGGCCAGAGAUGCUGCAGACGAUGAGGAUGGAUAUAUCAACAAGAUGAAACAUUUUCUGACCACAGCAACAUUAGCCAAUAGCUCUAAGACCAAACCGUCCAAGAAUUGUAAUUAUUCCUGUACAUUAUUAUUUAUACUUGGAUUUGUAUUAAGUUUGUUCCUCACCAUAUUCAUAUGGUUCACUGAUUUAUAUACAAACGAAUUAUACAAGAGACUGACAAUUCAAAAUGGUAGUUUGUUGUAUGAUUCGUGGAAAGAACCACCAGUUAGACCACUAAUGUGUGUAUAUGUAUUUAAUUAUACUAACGUUAACGAAUAUAUGAGUGGUAUGCACCAGAAGCUCAAAGUCCAAGAAGUUGGACCUUAUUGUUACAGGGAAACUUUAUACAGGGUGAACAUAACUGAUCAUAAAAAUGGUUCUCAGACAUUCAAUGAGAUGAAAGUUCAAGAAUAUGCUUAUGAUGCAUCCAAUGGAACAGAUAAUGAUAUUAUUAUAGUACCAGACAUUCCAUACAUAAGUGCUAUAGCUUUGACCAUAGAGGAGAAUUUUCUCAUAAGGAAUGCCAUGUCAUCAUUUUUGAAUCAUGUGUCCAAUUUCCCGUUUGUCACUGUUAGUGUCUAUGAUUUUUGUUUCGGUUACCAAGAUGACGUAAUAAGGGCAUUAGCCACAAUGGCCAAAUUGGCCAAUAAGCCAAUUCCAUUCGAAAAAUUUGGUUUACUCAUUAAGAGAAUUGGAGUUAAUCCAGAUCGCUUGACUGUAAUUAAUGGCCUUGAUAAUCUGAAUCAAAUGGGUCAAGUGAUACAACUAAAUGGAAAAUCAAUGUUACACCCGUGGAGUACAGAUGAGUGUAAUUCAGUUGGUGGAAGUGAUGGUAUGUUUUUUCCAAGACUUAAAAUUCAACAGGGAGAAACUAUACACUUAUUUCAUAAGGAUUCUUGUAGGAAGUUGCCAAUGACUUUCCAUUCUAAAGAAAAAAUAAAAAAUGGUGUAAUUGGGCAUAGAUAUUCUCUGUCCAUAAAUUCAUUCAAUAACUCUAUUCCUGAGAACAGAUGCUAUUGCACUAGUACACCUUGUAUGCCUGAUGGUAUAUUCGAUAUGGGCAAAUGUUCUACUCGUUCACCUGUGGUUGUAUCGCGUGCUCAUUUUCUACACUCAGAUCCAUCCCUAUUGGACGCGGUCGAAGGUCUCAAUCCUGAUCCAAAAAAACACGAAUUUUUAUGGCUUAUAGAUCCUAUUCUCGGAAUAACGAUGGAAACCCAAAUGAGAAUACAGCUCAACAUUCAAGUGCGUAACCCACACGGUUACGGUACACUGUCGAAAAUACCAGAUAAUACCAUAUUGCCAUUUACCUGGUUGGAAAUCAAAACUGGUGAUGUGUCGCCAAAGCUGAGCAUGUUAUUGUUCCAUUUGACUUUCACCGUUCACUGGCUUCAAACGUUCCUUAUGUGUUUGAGUCUCGUUGGAUUGUUAGGCACGUCAUUUUGCCUAAUGCGUAUGCUAAAUAGACGUUUAAGCAACAAUAUUGUGAUAAUUUCAAGUGAAAUACAACUAAAAGAUAGGCAUACUGAAAAAAUUCCUAUUUGUUAAUUCGAUUACUUACUUUUUGUUGUUUAUUUUAAUGUAAAUCAAUAUUUUUUUUUAAAGUACAUGUAUUUUUAUUAUUUAAUUGUACAUAUUUAUCUACCAUACUUUCAAUUUUUUUUUUUUGUGAAAUGUACAAUAAUUUUACUGUACACACAGUACCUAAUGCUCAUUUUUUGUCAAAUUACUAUUGAUAGAAUUUUUAUACAUUACAUUUAAAAUUUAAAUUAUAUUUUUAUUUUAAAUUAUAUUUUAUGUAGGUACUUACAUGUAUAUUAGAAAAGUAUCCAUUAUUUGUAAAAUCAAUAAAUAAUAUUGAAAAGAAGAUAAUAUGUGGUAUAAUAAAAUUACAAUCACAGGUA